AAAAUUCCACAUUCCUAGGUAGUCUGCGGUUGAUUCUGCUUUUCAGUUUUUCAGAUUCAGGGCUUGUUUCAACCGGGACAAAUAUCGUUUCCAGCAACACUGAUCCAUCCUCCUGCACGAAUCACGUUAUAAUUAUUCCCUUCUUCUCCUUUUGCUUCCACACCGUUCGAAAAUUAAGUAAUAAAACUAAUUCGCCACAGUUUGGUUUGUUUCGUGAAUGGGAUCAGAUCUGUAGGCCCACGUUUUUCAUUUUCAUUUUUAAAAGAGAGAGAGAGAGAGCAGUGUGAUUUUCUUUCUUUCCUUUUGAGGAAACGACAAUUCUGUGUUGCCUCCAUAUCCGUGCUUACUCACUAAACUGUUCUUCAACCAUAAAGACCCUACUAAUUUAGGGUUCCUAUACUUGUUUUUGUGUUGGGGAGAGGAUGUGAGGGUUUGUUUCUUGUAAGGUAAAAACAAUGGGUGUGGGUGUGGGUUUGGAGAAGUUGAGCUUAUUAUCGACGACGAACCUGGCCGUGUUAGCUCAAGCGAACAACAAAUGCAGCAGCAGCAGGAAGCACGUGUGUUGGAGAUCAUCCACCACGACCACGACGCCGUUUCAGCAGCAGCGGAAGCCGAUCUCUUGGUCUGUGAUGUGCGGCUUCAUGCUAUUUGGGCUGGGCCUCAUUUCGCUCUUGACUGGCCACAUGGCCUCUGAUCUCGAAUGGUACUCUCACCGUCGCUCUCUCUACUCUACAAUGGAUGGGAGCUAUCGUGCGCCAAUCGAUGUUUGGAAAUCCCAGUAUUCUAAAUAUUACUACGGAUGCGCUGAAAGGGGACGCGGUUAUGCUCCUGCUGUGCCUGAGAGGAUGUCAAAUGGCUACUUGCUUAUUGGUACUAGUGGAGGAUUGAACCAACAAAGAACUGGGAUAACAGAUGCUGUUGUUGUUGCCCGAAUUCUUAAUGCCACACUAGUAGUACCGGAGUUGGAUCAUCAUUCUUAUUGGAAGGAUGACAGUGACUUCAUCCAUAUUUUCGAUGUUGAUUGGUUCAUUUCUUAUCUCGCAAAAGAUGUUACUAUUGUUAAAAGAGUUCCUGAUAAGUUCAUGCGGUCAAUGGAGAAACCACCAUAUACAAUGCGUGUCCCAAGGAAAUCAGAGCCUGAUUAUUAUCUUGAUCAAGUUUUGCCUAUACUUUUGAGACGACAGGUUGUUCAAUUGACAAAAUUUGACUACAGACUUGCAAAUAACCUUGAUGAUGAGCUACAAAAACUACGUUGCCGCGUUAAUUUUCAUGCUUUGAGAUUUACAAAACCUAUACAAGAACUUGGUCAAAGAAUUGUUAUGAGAAUGCAAAAGAUGGCACCGCGUUUCAUAGCAGUCCAUUUGAGGUUUGAACCAGAUAUGCUAGCAUUUUCAGGUUGUUAUUUUGGUGGGGGAGAAAAAGAGAGACGUGAGCUUGGUGAAAUCAGAAAAAGGUGGACAACAUUACCUGAUUUGAGCCCAGAUGGAGAACGGAAGCGAGGGAAAUGUCCUCUUAGUCCUCAUGAAGUGGGUUUGAUGCUGCGGGCACUUGGCUUUUCAAAUGACACAUACCUCUAUGUUGCGUCAGGAGAAGUAUAUGGAGGGGAAGAAACUAUGCAGCCUCUCAGAGAUCUUUUUCCCAACAUCUAUACAAAGGAGAUGCUAGCUGAGGAAGAGCUGAAACCUUUCCUUCCAUUCUCUUCCCGCCUUGCUGCUAUUGACUACAUUGUUUGUGAUGAAAGUGAUGUAUUUGUUACUAACAACAAUGGUAACAUGGCAAAGAUUCUCGCAGGUCGAAGGAGAUAUAUGGGUCACAAAAGAACAAUCAGACCAAAUGCAAAGAAGCUUAGCACGCUAUUGGCGGGAAGGCAUCAAAUGGACUGGGAUACCUUUGCCAAAAAGGUUAAGUCAUGCCAGAGAGGAUUCAUGGGAGAGCCAGAUGAGAUGAGACCUGGACGAGGUGAAUUUCAUGAAUUUCCAAGCUCUUGCGUGUGCAGGAGACCAUAUGUGGAUGAAGAACUCAGCAAAGAGGUAUACCGUUCCCCUAAACUCGUUGCAAUUAACCUUACUGCAAAAGCUUAUUCCUCGUCGAAUGGAAUUAGAAGAGGCAGGACAUGAUGCAGUAGUUACCUUGAACCAUGGAGGUUAUAUCUAGCGGGGCGAAAGAAAAUCAGUGUUGUCUCUCGCUCUGUUAAUGCCAACUGAACGUCAAUUGAAAAUUGAAUGCUAUGGCAAUGCGUCCAUUUUCACACAAUUGAUCUCUGUAAAUCAUCAGGGGAGGGGUUCUUAGGUGGGUGGCUCAGUUUAGGACCUAAGGACGUCAAUGCGUUGCAAAGUGUAGAUAUAUAUAAUAUAAUAUUAUAAUAUAUGCUUAGCUUAGAUUGCUUUCAAUCUUUUUUCGCCACAAUGUCAUACAAAUUUGAGUUAGACAUUUUCUCCU